UGUGUUCUGGGAUAUUUGUCCAAACAGGAGUACAUUCUUGUGUGCAAGAAGUUAACAUGGAGAAAAAUUGGUGUGCAGUUUGUGCGUUGGUCUUAGCACUCGGUGCAUAUGUGCACUUUGACACAGUUUUUGCUGCAGAGGCUGAUCGCAAUUUAACAGUGAUUCUCCCAAAACCAGGCCACUGCCCACGUCGCCUUAAUGUUGUCCCAUCACAUAAGGGGUGUGUGUGUGAUGAAGACUGUCCUGCAGACCACAAAUGCUGUGUCUUUGACUGUGGAGCUGUCUGUGUCCCUCCGGCUUUCACAAAGCCAGGAGUGUGUCCUCGCAGGCGCUGGGGCUCAGGGUUGUGUGCUGAAUUUUGCUCUAAUGACAGCGACUGCCCCCGUAAUGAGAAAUGCUGCCACAACGGAUGCGGACAUGAGUGCAUUGCACCGUACACAGUGAAGCCGGGCCGCUGCGCUCUGCCCCAGGGAACCCCUAUGUGUGCUGAGUUCUGCUAUCACGACGGUCAGUGUCCAGGAGAGCAGAAGUGCUGCAGGACAACCUGCGGCCACGCCUGCAGUGAGCCCUGCUGAUUGGACACCUAGUGACUCAGCUGCAUGUGUGCACGUUUGGCUUCUUUCAACCAACAAAACAGAAGAUGUAUUAUUCUCACCGUUACUCUACCUUUUCAUAGCAGCACACUUUGGUACAAUAUUUGAGCACCAGUUUGCACAAAGUCUGAUUAUUUGGUUUGAGAGAGUGAAGUGCUUUCCUUAAAAUACUUAUAAAGCUCUUUUCUGCACCUGUGCUUUAAAAAAAACCAAAAGAUUUUGUGAAUAUUUUCUUGAUUAAGUAAUAUACUCAACACAUGGAAAAGCAAGAACUAUAGAAUAAUUUGUUCUGUUGUAACGAAUCUGGAUCUUUUUCUCCUCAUAAGCCAAUCUGGCAAAACUUUCUUAUAAAGAAAAAGUGGAGAUUUUGCAGAACAUCCCUGAACUGGAAAGGGAUUAGAUGGCAGGGUGCCACAUAGUCUUCAAAAGACCUGCAGUAUGUUUGUGUUUUAACUUGAUUAAUAUUUGAUAAAAAUGGCCUUUUUGGUUCAGUAGGAGUAUUUCUGUAUGCGUGGUAGUACUGUAUAUUCAAACUAUUCUAAACGGGUGAAAAAUGUACUUUUACAUCUGUUCCUCGUGCAGUUUGGAGCACUAUUUCUUUGUAUUUCAAUGAAUAAACCUGUUUCCAGAACCUAGGAAUGUGUUAUGCAUUUGUCACCUUGCUGGUCACAGGUCUUGUGUUUUACAGAUCUGUUUUACGGGCUUUUUAGGCGAGAGCUUGGCUGCAAAAACAAAUGAUGAAAUAUGCCAAGAAUGAAAAGUGCUUACUGGCAGGAAACAAGACCAUACAAAGAGGUGGCCAAGAACCUCUGUUGCCCGAACAUUUCAACAUCGCUGCACCUCAAUGUCAAACAUCUCAAAAUGUAAUUCUUUUUUCUGUGUGUGUAAACAGCCAAACUUCACUUCAUAAUUUACAAAAAUGUGAC